AGUGAGUUCUGGUUUGGCUUGGUUUCUCUCUCUCUCCUCCUUGUUCUGCGCUAGGCUAGGCUACACUUGAUUUCCUCAAUUCCCUCGCAUUUGCCGCUGGCCGAAAUUCGCAGAGGAACUCAUGUUUCAGGUCGAAAUCCGGUCAUCCCUCACUGGAAAAAGUGGAGCAGAUGGAAAUCAAUACGCUGAAAAGAGAGCCCCAGAGCAGGUAAUCGUCGCCGUUAGAGCUGAGAAGGAUAUCUCCAAGACUGCAUUGGCCUGGGCACUGUCCCACGUUGUUCGUCCCGGAGACUGCAUCACUUUGCUAGCUAUCCUUUCAUCCGAGAAAAGCAAGGGUCGGAAAUUAUGGAGUUUUCCGAUAUUCACCGGAGAUUGUGGGAGCCGUCACCGGGAGAGGUCUCCCGACUGGAGAUGUCAGAUCUCGGAAUCCUGUUCGAAGAUGGUGCUCCAGUUUCACGACCAAAACCAGCAGGUUGGUGUGAAGAUUAAGGUGGUGUCAGGUUCAUCUGGUGGCGUGGUGGCUGCAGAAUCAAAGAAAGCUGGAGCCAACUGGGUUAUUUUGGACAAACAACUGAAACAGGAAGAGAAACAUUGCAUGGAGGAGCUUCACUGCAACGUCGUGGUAAUGAAACGUUCCCAACCUAAAGUCCUUAGGCUCAAAUUGGAAAGCUCGAAUGAAGUCCAACCUCCUUUCCCUUCCUACCCAACGCCAGAAUCUGACGAUGAGAAGUCUCUAGAUAACAGGCUAAAGCAUUCAACUCCUGUCAGCAGUCCUGAAGAUCAAAAGACUUCCUUCACAAGAACCUCCACCACCACCACCACCGGAGCAACUUCUGUAUCGAGUUCUUAUACGGCCACUUCUCCUUUCUUGGUCUGUGAGCAAAACCCACUCUUUGAGGGAGUCAACAAGAGGAAGCUUCGACCUCUGAGAGAGAGAGUAUACUCGGACGACCCAUUUACCGUGUUUGAGUCGGACGGCCAAGAUCCCGUUACUCUCUCUACUAAUUCAUCAGCGUCAUCACUGGCUCGUAACCAGAAGACUGUCUAUUGGAUUCCUGAAAACCACGCUGUUGAUAGAGAGAGCUCAAUUAUCAGAAACUACAAGAAUACCCACAACACCACCAAAUCCCAGCCUUCUCGUACUCUGCUUGAAAAGUUUGCCCAAUUUGAUAGGGAGACAAGGUUCAAACAACUCGAGCUUAGCCAAAGCUACGAAAGAGAUUAUAUUGUCAACUCCGACCUAAGAGAUGCAGUGUCCUUGGGCAGAACAACUUCAACACCUCCUCCUCUAUGUUCAAUAUGUCAGCACAAGGGACCUAUUUUCGGGAGACCGCCUGUGUGGUUCGACUACAGAGAGCUUGAAGAAGCUACAGAUGGGUUUUCAGACAUGAAUUUCUUGUCAGAAGGUAGGUUCAGUUCGGUCCACAGAGGGGUGUUGAGAGACGGCCAAAUGGUCGCGGUGAAGCAGCUGAAAGUGUCUGGGUUGCAAGGAGAUGCCGACUUCUGUCGGGAGGUGGAGGUAUUGAGUUGUGCACAGCAUAGGAACGUUGUGAUGUUGAUUGGGUUCUGCGUUGAGAAAGGGAGGAGGAUUUUGGUGUACGAGUACGUGUGCAACGGCUCUCUGGACUUCCACUUACACGAAAAUGAGAGCACCAGUUUAGACUGGCACUCGCGACUCAAGAUAGCUAUCGGAGCGGCGAGGGGGUUGCGCUACCUUCACGAAGACUGCAGGGUGGGGUGCAUCGUUCACAGAGACAUGCGCCCUAGUAACAUCCUCCUAACCCAUGACUUCGAGCCGCUGGUUGGAGAUUUUGGGCUGGCCAGGUGGCAACCGUCAUGGGAUAUUGGUACUGACACAUGCGUCAUUGGAACUCUAGGGUAUCUUGCACCAGAAUACACGGAUGGUGCAAAAAUUACAGAGAAAGCUGAUGUAUACGCAUUCGGUAUGGUAUUACUGGAGCUCAUUACAGGACGAAGAACAAUUGACUUGGCUCGUCACAAUGCACAUAAAUUGCUACCAGAAUUGUCCCUCUCCAUGUUGGCACUAGAACAAAGCCAUGCCUUGACGAUUAAUCAUCAAUUUUUGGAUCCACGCUUGGACCAUGACCAACUCCAUAAUUAUACGCACCAGCUCCAGGCAAUGGCUCAGGCUGCUUCCUUGUGUCUUUGCCGAGACCCAGAAUCCAGACCCCCCAUGUCAAAGAUCCUUAGAAUUCUAGAGGGAGAUGCAAUCAUCCCGCUGGGUUCCGAGCUUGACAUGGUCGGUAGUAGAAGUGCGCGUAUGCAUGGUCCAAUCUCACACCCACUAACCGAAUCAUGGAGAGGUCAUUCCCGUACUCUUUCCCAUUAAGAAAUGCGCUUAAUGUUGAGAGAAAAGUGGGCAUACUGAAUCCAAUUGAAGCUGGCUGUACAUACAGCACUUUAUUCUUUUUGAGUUAUCAGUGCCAAAUUUCAUACUUCAAGAGAUACAUACUAAACGAGUUGGAAUUGAGGGGGCUCGAGGAGCUCGAGGAGCUGAUACUGAGGCCUUGAAGAGUAGCCGGGGCACAGAUCGGCUUCCUUUUCUAAAUGUACUAUAUACAUAUUCUUUUUUAAACUUCCUAAACAGUACUCGUGCUGAAACAUGUAAAGUGGUAAAUGAUAUAGGAACAUGGAGACGACCAAAA